AAUGUGUAAAAAAAUGGGCAGAUCUUCAAAGGAUAAACGCGAUAUUUACUAUAGACUAGCCAAGGAAGAAGGCUGGCGGGCUCGCAGUGCUUUUAAACUGCUGCAUGCAGAGGAAACCUUUGGAAUACUUAAAGGCGUUACACGUGCUGUGGAUCUGUGUGCUGCGCCCGGCGGCUGGUCGCAAGUCCUAUCGAAGUACCUCUACGAGCCCCGAAGUGCUGAGGAUCGUAAGCAGGUUAAGAUCAUUGCAGUGGACCUGCAGGGUAUGGCGCCCAUAGAAGGCGUCACACAGCUACGUGCUGAUAUUACAAAGGAGGAGACGGCGAAGGCAAUUAUUGAGUAUAUUGGCGGGCAAAAGGCACAACUUCUGGUUAGCGAUGGCGCCCCAGAUACUACUGGCAAUCACGAUUUGGAUGAAUACAUGCAGGGCCAGUUGUUGCUCUCCGCGCUAAGCAUUGCGACUUAUGUACUGGAGGAAAACGGCUCCUUUGUGUCGAAAAUAUUUCGUGCCGGCAACACAGGCUAUAUUUUUAAGCAGAUGCAGCGAUUCUUCAAGGAUGUGUGCGUUUUCAAACCAGGCGCCUCCCGCAAUUCCAGCAUUGAAGCAUUUGUUGUGGGACGACAGUUCUGCCUCCCCUCCAACUAUGUGCCUUGUAAUUUGAUAACUGCCUGGAUCGAUGAAGAUCCUCAAACUUGGAUGGUGCAAAAAUGUGGUAAAGUAGCUAAACCCAAGUUACGUGUGCCAUUUGUAGCCUACAAGGAUGUGCUCGAUGCGGAUCGCAGCUACGAACUAGAUGAGAAUUAUCGGUAUAAUGAGGUGGUGCAAAAGCCUUUAACUGCCGCUUAUCAAGAUGUAUUGCAGAAAACAAAGAAUGUGUCCAUUAGAUACAAGCCCAUUGUUAUACACCACACUGAACCGCUGGAAAGUUGACAGAGCAGCGCAGACUCUGCUACAUUGAAGACUGAGAUUCAACAGCUAUGGAUGAAAAGCCUCUAAUCAUUAAUAUUCCAAUUUAUUACAAAUAACACAACUAUAUACAAUUCAAAGCUAUCAUACGUGCUGCAUGACAGUCUUCUCCGCUGGCUUCACGCCAUAUUUAUACACUUUGUUCAAGCUCUCUGGGAAAUCAGGCAGUAGAUUAUUAAAGUUCUCCACAUGAUGAGAGUG